UUCAUUUUCUUUCUUUUCCAAGGGAAAAAACAUAUUCCAUAUUCUAAUUUCUUCCAAAGCCUCAUCUUUCAAGGAAAGCGCUAUUGAAAAUGACUUCAACCGAGUGGACUGCCAAGCACGUUCGCGAGACGUUUAUCGGGUUCUACGAGCAGCACGGGCACACGUUUGUUCCGUCGUCGUCGACGGUGCCGCACGACGACCCGACGCUGCUGUUUGCCAACGCUGGCAUGAACCAGUACAAGCCGAUUUUCCAGGGCACUGUUGAUCCGGCGUCUGAUUUCGCCAAGCUGCACCGCGCGUGCAACAGCCAAAAGUGCAUUCGUGCGGGCGGCAAGCACAACGACCUGGACGAUGUGGGCAAGGACGUGUACCACCACACGUUCUUUGAGAUGCUGGGGAACUGGUCGUUCGGCGACUAUUUCAAGAAGGAGGCGAUUGGGUAUGCGUGGGAGCUGCUGACCAAGGUGUACAGGCUUGACCCGGAGCGGCUGUACGUGACGUACUUUGGGGGCAGCGAGGCGGAUGGGCUGCCGGUGGACACUGAGGCAAAGCAGUACUGGCUGGACCUGGGCGUGCCGGAGUCGCGGGUGCUGCCGUUUGGCUCAAAGGAGAACUUUUGGGAGAUGGGCGAGGUGGGCCCGUGCGGGCCGUGCAGCGAGAUCCACUACGACCGGAUUGGCGGUCGCGACGCGGCGAGCCUGGUGAACCUGGACGACCCGGAUGUCCUGGAGAUCUGGAACCUUGUGUUCAUGGAGUUCAACCGCGAGUCGGACGGGUCGCUGCGCAGCCUGCCGCGCAAGCACAUUGAUACGGGCAUGGGCAUGGAGCGGCUGGUGUCGGUUCUGCAGGGCAAGCGGUCGAACUACGACACGGAUGUGUUUAUGCCGCUGUUUGCGGCGAUCCAGGAGCUGACGGGGGCGCGGCCGUACACGGGCAACGUGGGAGCGGACGACACCGACGGCAUCGACAUGGCGUACCGCGUCAUCGCUGACCACAUCCGCACGCUGACAUUCGCGAUUGCCGACGGCGGUGUGCCAUCGAACGAGGGUCGCGGGUAUGUCCUGCGGCGGAUCCUGCGGCGCGGCGCUCGGUACGCGCGGCGCAAGUUCAACGUGGAGCUGGGCAGCUUCUUCGCGCGGCUGGUGGACACGGUGGUGGAGAACAUGGGCGAUAUGUUCCCGGAGAUCACCAAGAGCACCGAUCUGAUCAAGGAGAUUCUGUGCGAGGAGGAGGAGAGCUUUGCGCGGACGCUGGACCGCGGCGAGCGCCUGUUUGAGCAGACGGUGGCGAAGAUGGGCGGCAGCAAGACGAUGCCGGGGGCGUCGGUGUGGCGGCUGUACGAUACGUAUGGGUUCCCGGUGGAUCUGACGCGCAUCAUGGCGGAGGAGAGCGGGCUGGUGGUGGACGAGGCGGAGUUUGAGCGCGAGAAGCAGAAGGCGCGCGAUCUGUCGAAGCGCAAGAAGGGCAGCAGCGGCAGCGGACAGGGCAUUGCGCUGGACGUGCAUGCGAUUGGCGAGCUGAAUGCCCGCGGGGUGGCCAAGACCGAUGACUCGCCCAAGUACUCGAGCCGGUCGGUGGAGGCCAAGGUGCUGGCGGUGUUCACGGGCAACGGCUUCGCGGACGCCGAGGAGCGCUCGCUGGCGACCCACCCGGAGGAUGCGCCGGUGGUGGGCGUGGUGCUGGACCGCACUGCAUUCUACGCCGAGCAGGGCGGGCAGGAGUACGAUACCGGCUCGCUGGUGAGCUCGGAUCUGUCGUCCGAGUUCACGGUCGAGGACGUGCAGGUGUAUGGCGGGUACGUUCUGCAUACGGGCUUCCUCAAGUACGGAGCGCUGCGUGUGGGCGACAGCGUCGAGGCCCAGUACGACGUGCUGCGGCGGCUGCCCAUCCGCAACAACCACUCGGCCACACACGUGCUGAACUUUGCGCUGCGGCAGGUGCUGCGCGCCGAGGAGCCGGACCAGCGCGGCUCGCUGGUGGCGCCGGACCGCCUGCGGUUCGACUUUGCCUGCAAGGCGGCGAUUUCGGCCGAGCAUGUGCGCGACAUCGAGGCGCUGACCAACCAGAUCAUCAAGCAGAACCUGAAGGUGUACGCGCAGGAGGUGCCUCUGGAUAUGGCGCGGCAGAUCAGCGGCCUGCGCGCUGUGUUUGGCGAGGUGUACCCGGACCCGGUCCGUGUUGUGUCGAUUGGCGCUGACCUGGACCAGGUGCUGAAGAACCCGGAGAACGCCGAGUGGGAGAACUACUCGAUUGAGUUCUGCGGCGGCACGCACGUGGCCGGCACUGCCGACAUGAAGGUGUUUGUGAUCACCGAGGAGUCGGCCAUCGCCAAGGGCGUGCGUCGCAUUGUGGCCGUGACCGGUCCCGAGGCCUCCAAGGCCCAGCUGCUGUACCAGUCGCUGCAGGCCGAGGUGGCCAAGCUCAAGCAGCUGUCGGGUGCUGAGCUGGAUCACGAAAUCAAGCGCCUGGCCAAGGAGCUCGAUGCGGCAGCCAUUGGCGUCUACGACAAGCACGUGCUGCGCAGCGAGUUCGAUGCGAUCCGCGCGGCGCACGUGGAGGCCGAGAAGCUGGCCAAGGCGCAGGCGGCCAAGCAGGCGGUGGAGCUGGUGCAGAAGCUGAUUGAGGAGAGCCCCGAGCAGGACGUCUUUGUGGUCGAGCUGCCGGCUGCUGGCAAGGCCAUGAGCCAGGUGGCCACCUUCGUCAAGGGCUUGAAGUCCAAGGCCGUGUAUCUGCUGGCCGUCGAUGGCGCCCGCGUGGCCCACCAGUGCGUGGUGCCCAAGACGCUUGUGCAGCGCGGGCUCAAGGCCGGCGAGUGGGCCGACGCCGUCAGCAAGAUCGUCGGCGGCAAGAAGGGCGGCAAGGACGAGUCUGCCCAGGGCAGCGGAACCGAGACCGCCCGUGUUGCCGAGGCCGUCGCUGCCGCCGAGGAGUUCGCCAAGACGCAUCUGAACUAGAAAAGCUAAACAUAUAUUGAGGAAAUUGAAGAAACUUUUGUCCAAACCACGCUUUACUCAGCCUUGGGGCUACCGGUGCUCUUGCCCGGCGCAUCGUCCAGGAAAUGCACGCCAUCGUCCGGGUGCUGCUGCUGCUGCUGCUGCUGCUGCUGCUG